GUAUAAGAAGGAAGGGUGUUGCUGAACAUGGAAUAAUAAUUUAUCCUAUCAUUUAUUCAAUCUGAGCGACUAUACACAUGGCACAUUAUCUUGCCAGAGUUAAGAACUAUGCACUGAGUUAAGAACAUAAUUAUAGCCCUAUGUCGCGGCCAAGGACUUAUAUGAACAGGAUUCGAAAGUGAAAGAGGUUUGAUGCCCUAUGAAGCCCGAUUUGCCAGACGCAGACUAGUGUAACGUUAGCCUUUAACUGAAUUAGGUUGUUUCUGGCAGGUUCUUAAAGUUUAGUAAAUACAUGAUGGAUUAUUAUCACAUUCUGGGUGUGCCAGAAAAAGCCUCCUCGGAAGAUAUAAAAAAGGCGUAUAGGAAGCUGGCCCUGAAGUGGCACCCAGACAAGAAUCCAGAUAACAAGGAGCAAGCUGAAAAGAAGUUUAAGGAGAUUGCUGAAGCCUAUGAAGUUCUGUCUGAUGGUUCUAGACGAGAAGAUUAUGAUCGCAACGAUAGGCGUGAUGCAGACUUCGGACACCCCUCAGCUUUCUGGAGUACAUCAUUCCGCGACCCUAAUGAUGUGUUUCGGGACUUUUUUCAGGAUGACUUUGGUUUUGGUGGCAGGGGCUUUCCAGGUGCUCCCAGCUGGCAACCUAGUAACUGUAAAACCUGGGAGUUUCGCCCUUUCUCCGGAGGGAACCCAGGGCAGUCCAUGUGGGGAAGAGUUCUUGGAUGGAUCGGUUUGUCAUCCUCGUCCACGUCCACCCACACACGAGUUGUCAACGGCAGAUCCGUCACCACCAAAACAAUGAAAGCAAAUGGCCAGGAGAGAACGGAGAUCAGGGAGAACGGAGUCUUGACGAGCGUGAAGAUCAAUGGCGUGGAGGAUCAGGCAGCCCGAGAUGAGGCUCAAGGCCGAGAGGCUAAUGGCAACUUGGUGACUGGUUCACUCGGCGCUGAAGGGAGGCGGCACCCGGCAAUGUGAACACAGGUCUGGCUCAAGGAGCACACAAGUCGACCAAGGAGACCCACCCUUCUCCAGCAGGGAAAUUAUUAACUUUUCUGUACCCAUUUCUAUCAUGGCGCCUCUGUAACUGCCCUUGUGUGGAAACCGGCUGGGUGGGCCCACCAUUACAAGACUGACAAUGAAGGAGAGCAAAGUCCAACGACUGCAGCUUAGCAACCAAACAUUUUUUCUAAACUGUGAAUGUCAAUAAUGCUUAAUAGUUAUUUCACUUAAAAUGCAAAAGUGCCAAAUUUGUGUUUGUGGUUAGAGGUGUGUGAAAGGUGUUCCUGUAUUCAUUGUAUUGUAUUCAUAAAAUAAUUAAUGACCGAUUAUGUAACUUGGUGACGUCAAUAUUAAAUUGUAUACCUGCAUAAA